AUGCCAAAUUUCACGGAUGUGACAGAAUUCAUUCUUGUGGGGUUGACAAGUCAUCAAGAGCUCCAGGUUCUGUUUUUUGUGGUGUUCCUGAUUGUUUACAUGAUCACUUUGCUAGGGAAUAUUGGUAUGAUUAUUUUGAUUGGCAUCAGUCCCCAGCUUCAGAGCCCAAUGUACUUUUUCCUGAGUCAUUUGUCUUUUGUGGAUGUGUGGUUCUCCUCCAAUGUUACCCCCAAAAUGCUGGAAAACUUACUAUCCAAGACCAAAACCAUUUCCUACGCGGGGUGCUUAGUGCAGUGCUACUUUUUCAUUGCCCUUGUCCAUGUCGAGGUCUACAUCUUGGCAGUGAUGGCCUUCGAUCGCUACAUGGCCAUCUGCAACCCUCUGAUUUACGGCAGUAAAAUGUCCAGGACUGUGUGUGUUCGGCUCAUCUCUGUACCUUACCUCUACGGAUUCUCUGUGAGUUUAAUGUGCACACUGUGGACAUAUGGUUUGUAUUUCUGUGGCAACUUUGAAAUCAACCACUUUUAUUGUGCAGACCCUCCCCUCAUCAAGAUUGCCUGUGGAGGGGUGCGUGUCAAAGAAUACACGAUGAUUGUGAUUGCUGGAAUUAACUUCACAUACUCCCUGUCUGUGGUCCUUAUCUCCUACACUCUCAUUGUAGUGGCUGUGCUCAGCAUGCGCUCUGCUGAUGGGAGGAAGAAGGCGUUCUCUACCUGUGGGUCACACUUGACCGCUGUUUCCAUGUUCUAUGGGACCCUCAUAUUCAUGUACCUCAGGCGACCAACAGAGGAGUCCGUGGAGCAGGGCAAGAUGGUGGCUGUGUUUUAUACCACAGUGAUUCCCAUGUUGAACCCCAUGAUCUAUAGUCUGAGGAACAAGGAUGUUAAAGAGGCAGUCACCAAAGUAAUCACCAAGAAAUGCUUGGGGCAGUGA